CGAACCUUAACCUAACCUCACAAUUUAAAUGGCACGAAGGAUUUUCUUUCAAAUUAGAUUGUUUUACAGUUAUGAAACACUGAAUACGUUAAAUUAAAUAACUUAAAGUUGUGCUUGGUGAAUUUACUGUUAUAUGCCAAAAUAAACAGUAAGUGCCCACUUCAAUAUGCCAUUCCAAAACACCAAAAUCAGUAUUUUAUUCGGGUCCCAGACAGGGAACGCACAGGACGUAGCUGAACAAAUCUGGAGAGAAUCAAAACGUUUUUAUUUCCAGAGCCGCGUCAAACCCUUAGAUGACUAUAAUGUAGCCGAAUUCGCAGAGGAGCGGUGUGUUAUUUUCGUGUGUUCCACCACAGGUCAAGGAGAAGAGCCUGAGAACAUGAGAACAUUUUGGAAGUUCAUGUUGAAGCGAAGCUUACCAUCCAACUUGCUAUGCCAUUUAAAAUUUGCCGUUCUUGGUCUGGGAGACUCCAGUUAUGCAAAGUUCAAUUUUGUAGCCAAGAGGCUUCACAAAAGGGUGAUGCAGUUAGGGGCACAACCUUUGCUGCCAGUGGGAUUAGGUGAUGAUCAACAUGACUUGGGAUAUGAUGCAGUUGCCGAUCCUUGGAUAGAAAAUCUUUGGGAGAAAUUAUUGGACGAGUAUCCCUUACCUUGUGAUAUUAAGCCUUUGCCAAAGAAUCAGCCUAUUAUACCAAGAUGGACAGUAAAAAAAGAACUGAGUUUCCUGAAACCAAAUCUAGAAUUAAAUCAAGUACCGUCAAUAUUUUACUCUACAAGAAAAAACCAAGAAUUUGAUGGAUUAGUUUUGGAAAACCGCAAGCAAACUGCUGAGACACACUUUCAAGACGUUCGUUUGCUAAGAUUGCAAACCGAUGGACGCGUUUACCAUCCUGGUGACGUAGCAGUAAUCAGGCCCAAAAAUCUUGCAUGGAAAAUCGAAGAAUUCAAAGCGAUAUUAAAAGAAAACAACGUUGACAUAUGCGACGAUACAAUUUUAAAAAUAACCCCAAAAAACCCAAACGAUCCGGUACCGGAACACCUUGGGGACGGCCCCACUUUCAAGCAACUAUGUGAGGAGUAUUUCGAUCUUUUUUCAAUUCCUAGACGACAUGUGUUUCAGAUACUGUCGCAAAUAACCGACAGCGAGUUAGAACGUGAGAAAUGCCUCGAGUUGGCUUCGGCAGAGGGCAAGGAAGACAUGUAUAAUUACACCAACAGACCUAAGAGGAAUAUCGUGGAAGUACUGGCGGACUUUAGGAAUGCCACUAAGAACUUAACACCUGAUGUUUUAUUUGAAAUUUUACCGCCGAUAAAACCGAGAGAGUUUUCGAUAGCUAGUAGUUAUAAGAAGAAUAAAGAUGUUAUUGAGUUACUUGUGGCCGUGGUGAGGUUUAAGACGAAACUUAUGAAGGAACGAGUUGGUUUAUGUUCCAAUUAUUUAGCGGGGUUAAAAAAGGGUGACUCGGUUACGUUUUGGGUUAAGAAGGGAACAUUUCAGUUUCCUCAGCAGUUGGAUUUACCGGUCAUAAUGGUUGGUCCGGGAACGGGGGUGGCGCCCUUUAGGAGCUACAUCUUGGAAAUAAGCGAUAAAAACGAUAGUCCGGAAAAUUUAAUUUUGUUUUAUGGGUGCAGAUAUUAUGAUAAGGACUUUCUGUGUAGGGAGGAAAUUGAAGAAUUGUCUAGUCAAAGGAAAAUAACUGUUAUAGUUGCCUUUUCCAGGAGCUCUACAAACAGGGCGUACGUUCAGGAUAAAAUCCGGGAACGUGGCGAUUUGGUCUGGGACGCGUUAAAUAGAAACGCGUACAUUUUUCUCGCUGGAAAUCCGAAAAAAAUGCCACAGCAAGUGAGAGAAGCCUUUAUAGAUGUUUGCGUUAAAAACGGCGGCCUGACCCGACCGGAUGCCGUAAAAUUCAUUGAAAAUAUGGAGAAACGUAAUAAGUACCAAACGGAGUGUUGGUAAGGUAGGAUAUUGUAGGGAAAUUGUUUUAUUAUAUAAGGUUGUGUUUUUAAACAA